CCAACCUCCCAGCUGCUUUCUAUAAAGAUGGCAUCUUCAUUGGGAAUGAGUCAACAGGUCACAUGACCAUCCAGCAUGUUUCCAGGUCUGAUGAAGGCCUCUACAAGUGUGACAUCAGCGGUCAUGGAGAGUCUCCAUCCAGCUGGAUCACUGUCACAGGGAAACCUACAACCACAUCUCCAUCUACUCCCACACCUAUAUAUACAUCCACCUCUAUCCCUACAUCAGCCUCUCCUCCGCAUCUUGUUCUUCCUGUGGUAAUCUCUGUUGGGUCAGUCUGUGUUGUGGUUCUACUGGUGUUACUGGUUCUGCUGGUGAGAAAACAUAAUCACAGAAAACCUGAAGCAGAUCAAGACAAAGCUGCAGGAGAAGAUGUCACAUACAGUGACGUCAAGAUAUCACAUGGUCGACAGCAGCCUGUGAAACACAGCAGAGAGAGUGAUUCUGCUACAGUCUACUCAGAAACGAGAAUUGAAGACGUCAGUUAUGGAGAAAUCGUCAUCAAAGACAAGAAGAAAAAGUCAAAGACAAAAGAGAGUGACAGCAUGGCGGUCUACUCCUCAGUGAAAACUAAAGACCUCAGUUAUGAACAAGUAGCCAUCAGCCCAAAGAGAACCAGAGACUUUAAACCAGAGUCAGAGGUCGUCUACUCUUCACUGAAGUAGUCCACCAGUCCAACCACAGAUGUCCAGCUGCUGGUCUCUAACUGGUUCCCCCAGCACCUCAGACCAGAGGACAUCCACAUGUUACAGAUUUUAUUAAAUAUAUUUUAUGUCUUAAUCUCCUGUUGUUGGACCCGUGAUUCAUAAUUUGCAUUUUGAUGCAAAAUCAGCAAUGUGAAAUAUUUAUAUAAAUAAUGUAAAAUAGGGAUAUUUGUAUGUAACAUUAAAAAGUUCCAGAUG